AUACGUAUAACCGAGGGAUUUGGCCUUCUGCACCCAAGUGGGGCCGGCCACACAAGAGCAGCCGGGCAGUGUCCAAGGAGUAGAGAGUGAGUGAGUUUACACCUCCCCUUAUUAUUAUCCGGUAGCAAAGGCGUCUAAAUUCGUUGUACCUGGAAUCCGCCAAAAUGGCUUCAACCGAUCGCCGCCUCAAAUUCGUCGCCGGAGCCGAUUCCUUCGGCAGCGACCUCAAGGAUACUCUGGUUUCUCAGCUCCGCGCUUUGAACGUCGACGUCGAAGACCUCGGCACCGACAAGUACUACUCAGUCGGAGAAGAAAUCGGGCGCCGCGUUAGCCAAGCUGCCGCCGAUUCAUCGGUCGAGGUUCGAGGCCUCGUCGCCUGCGGAACCGGCGUCGGAGUCGCCAUCUUCGCCAACAAGUUCCCCGGCGUCUACGCCGCCACCUGCCUCACCCCGGAGGAGGCGAUCAACGCUCGAUCGAUCAACAAUUGCAACGUCCUUGCUGUUUCAGGCAUGAACACUUCCCCUGAAAUCGCUUUACGAAUUCUAGAUUCAUUUCUCCGCACUCCUUUCAAAUCUCCCUGCCCUGCCUCCGGCUCGAACCCCUGGCCUUCAGAGAUCCAAUCGUUCCUCGACAGCUCCGUUACGGAGAUGUCAAAAAUCGGAACCCUAGCACAACCAUCCCAAUCCUCAACCGAAGAACUCAACCGCGCUCCCUGUAAGCUUUGCUCGCUCGCGAAGAACCGGGAGUUCAGCCCGGUCGAGAUCAUUCCGGGCGGAUCGAUGAUGAUAGUGAGAGAGACGCCGACAUCGGCUUUUGUGAAGUUCAAAGCGGGGAGCGUGGAGCCGGCUCAUCACCACACAUUUGGGCAUGAUCUGGUUGUGCUGAGCGGCAGCAAGAGCGUGUGGAACCUGAGCAAAGGGGAGAAGUACGAUUUGGGGGCGGGGGAUUACUUGUUCACGCCGGCCGGGGAUGUUCACAGAGUGAAGUAUUUUGAGGACACAGAGUUCUUCAUCAAAUGGGAGGGGCAGUGGGAUAUCUUCCUGGAUGAAGACCUUGCUGCUGCCAAUGUUGCCAUUGGUAACUAGGAAUGAAGAUCAUUAAAGCCUGUUGUAAUUUUAUUAGACUUGGUGUUCGCUUUAAUGGUUACUUGUGUUUAUUUUUCUCUGUUAUUGUGAGAUCUUUGUGCCAUUGUAGUUAUGAUUUCAUAAGGCUGGACUCAGUUGCGCAUAUGUAUAAGGUCUACCGCCGCUGUGAAGAUCGAGUCACCAUUAUUAACCUCCCCAUCAUCAUGUUGGGUGAGGACCUCCUCACCAUCCUGUCGGGUCGGGUGGGGCUCCUUGAGCGAGAGAUUCCACCUUUUGGACCAAGUUAUGAUUUAAUUAUAUGGUCUUUGGUGUAAGUAUGUUCAAUGGGCUGAAUAAUACGAAGUAAUAAUGUUUUGAGAUUUGCAUCCCAUAAUCUGGAUCUGUUCAUUUCAAAAUUUGUUUUACCAGGAUCCAAUUAGACAG